UUUUCAUUGGUUGAGAGUUGAGAGUAGAGAGUACUCUUUAUUUUCAGUUUUUGUUUUUUUUUUUUUGGGAGUAAAGAAAAGGGUGAAGAGAAUACAUACACAUGUUUGAUUGUUUAAAGUUUGAUGCAGAUAGUCCAAUAAUGGCUUUGGCAUCAUCUACUUGCUGAGGUUUUGGUCCCUUUUUUCAUUUUAUGAAGCAAUGGCAUAAAGUAGGUUGAAGUUGACAUGAGGAUGGGUGGCCAUGUUGUUGUUGACACAUGAAAGGAACACAAGAGGUAAACCCAGGGAAGUUCAAUUUCAAUGGUGGAUGUUGUUUCCCUCAGAUCCAAGGAACUUCUCUUCUAAUUUGUACUAUUUGUUCUUGUCCUUGUUUUCUUGUUUAUAAUUUUUUCAUGACCCCAUUUCCCUUGUCCCCUUGUUUGCUAGAGAGAGACAAGGCACUGACUUUGACAAUGAUUUGGAUUUCUUGAAUCAUCUAUUUUCUUCUGCUCCAUGAAUUAAUCAAAGAUUUGUGAGGGGCAGAGAAAUUAAUGAUUUUUUUUGGACUGUUCUCUUUUGGGGUUUAAAUAGAGAAAGGGUCUAUGAUAGAGCUAUUCUAGCAUCUAGCUUCACUGUUUCAAUAUAACCUUUGAUUUUGAACUUUGUUACACUGUAGAGGAGAUUUGUUCUGAGAUCUUUUAAUUUCUUGCCGUAGGAGUUUUCUUGUCUUUGAGAAGAGGUUUUGUUGAUAGGGUUAUUUGAAAUAGGAUAAGGCUAUUUGAAACAAGGCAUAAAUACAACCUAUGGAGGAAAUAACUUCGACGGUUGCAGUGCCAUUCGCACUUGGGAAUUUAAUACAAAAAGAUCCAUCAGUCACAACCCACAUGGAGAUAACUGGCCUAAAGCUCAGGGCAAACACUGCACCAGUAUUAAUAUUAAAUCCUGCAAUUGAAAGUGAAAAUCACUCAGAUAUUUGUCUUCAAUCCCAAAUUAAAGUGUCUUCAGAAGCAAAGAACAACCAGGUUGGAGCUGACCUUGUCUCAGAAAUGGUAAGUCAAGGAGACAAUAAUUGUUUCCAUGCUGAAAACCAAACCCAAAAUCAAUCAUUGUUAGCUAAGGAUUUUAAGUGUGAGCCUAUCUCUCAAUCUGCUGCUGGUGACAAAAGUAGUCCUUGUAGGGAGGAAUCUUCUGUUUCUGUGGCUAAUUGUUGUGAAAUAAGUUCACCUAUCACCAUAAAGGUUGAUGAUAACACAGUUCAUGGAAGGGCUGGUUUGACUGAGCCGCCAGGUUCAGCUAUAGAGCCGCUGCAGAACAUGGUUUCUGUUGCUGGGGGGCAUGAGAGUGAAGAUGGAAGUGGAUCAGAUGAACCUGAUAAAAAAACAUUUUCUGUGGUUCAUGAGAUUGCAGAGAAGGCUACAUGCUUGGACUUGAGUGGUGCUAUCAGCACUAACCCACUAUGGGGUUGCUCAUCAGUUUGUGGAAGGAGAGAGGAGAUGGAAGAUGCUAUUGCUGUUAGGCCUCAUCUUUUUGAAGUUCCUUCAAUGAUGGUAAUGGAUGAUUAUGUGAGUGAAAAUUCAAACUUUUCACCAGCCCACUUUUUUGGUGUGUAUGAUGGACAUGGGGGCUGUCAGGUUGCCAAUUACUGCCGGGAACAUCUUCAUUCAGUGUUGGUUGAUGAGAUAAAAGCUGCACGAUGGAGUUUGGAUGAACAGAAUGGGAGAGAAAACUGGGAGAACCAAUGGAAGAAGGCAUUCUCCAAUUGCUUUCACAAAGUAGAUGAUGAGGUUGGAGGGGUUGGUGAAGGUAAUGGAGCAAGUGUUGAACCUCUUGCUUCUGAGGCUGUUGGCUCCACUGCUGUGGUUGCCCUUUUGACUCAGACUCACAUAAUAGUUGCAAACUGUGGAGAUUCAAGAGCUGUCUUGUGUCGUGGAAAAGAAGCAAUGCCACUCUCUGAUGAUCACAAACCAAAUAGAGAAGAUGAAUGGGAAAGGAUAGAAGCUUCAGGAGGAAGGGUCAUUCAAUGGAAUGGGUACCGAGUUCUUGGUGUUUUGGCAGUAUCAAGAUCCAUAGGUGACAGGUACUUGAAACCAUGGGUAAUUCCAGAGCCAGAAGUGAAGUGUAUCCAAAGAGACAAAAACGAUGAGUGCCUCAUUCUGGCGAGUGAUGGAUUAUGGGAUGUGAUGACAAAUGAAGAAGCCUGUGACUUUGCAAGAAGGAGAAUCCUUCUUUGGCAUAAGAAGAAUGGCAACAACUCAUCAUCACAACAAGGCCAAGGACCUGACCCUGCAGCUCAGUAUGCUGCAGAGUAUCUAUCUAGACUUGCCCUUCAAAGAGGAACCAAAGAUAACAUCUCUGUCAUUGUUAUAGACUUGAAGCCCCAAAGAAAACUCAAGAAAAAAGAAUAAAAUAGAUAACCCUUUAUCUGGAAUAGCUCUCAAAUGUAUUCCAUUUCUAAAACUAUCUUUUAGUCCUUACCAUAUUUGUUUAUUUAUUAUAUUGGCCCUUCAGUUUUUCAACAGGGCUAUGCAUUGUAUGCCAGAAUUUGUUGCGCACAGGGAUGCCUCACGUUAAGCCGAGAUUGAGGUGUCACUCUGCUGCUGCCCCCAUCAGAAAGUUAGAUUAAUUUUUAAUCAACAAUAUUGUAGAAGUUUCAAGUUGUCUUAUCAAAUAAUCAUCACAACCACUAUUGAAUACAUUAUUGCUUAUUUUCAAAUGAGUAGGUACAUAUUUCUCUCAA